AUGUCACUCAGUCUACCGUCUCGGCGUGACCCGACGCUGCCUCCCGAGGAACGUCAACGCAUAGAUGAUGAACGCGAGGAUCAACAGUUAAUUUUCGAUAUAGCCGCUACCACACCCCCAGCUACUCGCGCAUCCAAAGAACCACACAGCUCUUCUAAUCUCAUCCCCGUGAUUUCCUCCCCCAAUCUUAGUAUCCUAGUCGAGCGUGAACGACGCAAGAGUCUUGAAGCCGAAAAACGCGGAUUAGAACACGAGGCGCAAUUUAUCGUUAGUCCUUUAACGAGUCAUACCGCUUUCGCGGAUAUAGUCUACGGCAGCAAGGGAUCAUCAAGUCCGAAAGGAAAGGAACGUGAAGAUGAAGGACAUGAAGAUUGGGAUGAAACAAACACGGAAGCAUUAGACGAUUUGAAUCCUCCCGAUAUGGAUAACCUGGGAGAAGAAGAAACGGAAGAAGAUGAAAAGGGAUAUGUGCGAGAAUUUAUACGGGUGAAGAAACGGAAGAGUAUAGCGAAGAUUGAGCAGCUCACGGGAUUAAGAUUAUCCGAGGUGCAGUAUGGAAAGAUGGUGGGGGAAGUGGUGGAUGGGGAUUUGGAGGGAUCGGGAAUAAGAGAGCGAGAGGGAAGUAUUAGCCGGAGGGCAAGUGUGGAGAUCGAGAGUCCGCCUAGUAGCCCGCUGAAGAUGUUUUAUACUGUGGAGGAUAGUGAUGAGGAGGAUGAGGUUAGUGAAAUUCCCUCGUGGGAUGGACAUGGUACAUUGGCCUGA